AUGGAGAAAGUUUUGGCAAAGUUAAACCUGGCAGAAUAUAGGGCUUGGUUGAAGUCAUUUCUUCCACUGAGGGAAACCAAUCCUGUGUCAGUGACUACGACUGAAAGGGCAGGAGCUGAAGAGCUGAUGGUGGGCUUCAAGCACGUUGCUCCUACAGAGAACACAGCAGUUGCUAUCAGAAACCUACAAGCAGACAUAUGGCUAUUGUCCAUGGAUCAGGAAGAGGGUCGUCCGGAUGUUAGCAAGCUAACUAGAGAGUACUGCAAGGACAUGAAGGGUGAAAAUAGACCUAUUAUUCUGUCCCAUAAUAAGCUCCCCAAUUUAAUAGAAGACCAUGAAUUUAUGAAGAUAGACGAUCCAAUGUGCGCCAUCUUCAUGGAAGACGAGGAGCAAGAUAUACCUGUGAAAAUAAGGAACGCUUUCUGUCCUGCAAAAGUUGCAAAAGGCAACCCAUGUCUAGAGUACAUCAAACAUAUUGUGCUUCCAUGGUUUGGAUACUUUGAGGUACCUAGGAAGGAAGAGAACAGUGGUAGCAGGACGUUUCAGAAGAUGGAAGAGCUUAUCACUGAUUAUGAAAGUGGUGCUCUGCAUCCCACUGAGGUGAAGCUGGCCCUUACGAAAGCACUAAACAAGAUUAUGAAG